UCUUCCUCCACCACCUCCUCCUCAUCCUCUGCCUCACGUCCCAACUCGGGAGCGCCGCCGAUCGGUCGCCAGGAUUUUCCCCUCUCGGCCAAAAUGGAGGAGGUUUGUCGCUCAUUGAGGGGAUCGGAUAUUACGGAUCGGCUUCAAUGAAAGUCGCCAGGAUUCGCAUUCGUUGAUCGGUUCCGACUUGCAGCAAUAGAAACAACCCAAGGAUACCUACAGCCGUUUCCGCCCGAGCGACCGCAGCCAUGAGCGCAGGAGAGGGGCUAGAUGAGGCUGCAAAGGACGCGGCAGACAUAGCGGCGUUUUUCAAAUCGGACUGCUCUCUUCCAAAAUGUGAAUCCAAACUGGAUGGCCCUGGUCAAACCUCAGGGUUUCAUUGCAAUGAGGACAUGAAGGCGAUUGAUGUGCUUCCUAUCCUCAAGGAGAAGGUUGCCUUUCUCUCAGGUGGCAGAGACAGACGUGGAGGUCCAAUUCUCACUUUUCCAGCACGGAGUAACCACGACCGAAUAAGACCUGAUGACCUCCGCAGACUUGUAGCGUACCUGGCUACUAUUCCAAAUGAGGAGGUGGCCCGACAUGGCUUCACGGUCAUUGUGGACAUGCGUGGCUCCAAGUGGGACAGCAUCAAACCGCUGCUGAAGAUCCUGCAGGAAUCUUUCCCGUCUUGCAUCCACGUUGCCCUCAUCAUCAAGCCAGACAACUUCUGGCAGAAGCAGAGGACCAACUUUGGCAGCUCCAAGUUUGAAUUUGAGACAGUGAUGGUGUCCUUGGAGGGUUUGACCAAGAUUGUUGACCCUUCCCAGCUCACGGCUGACUUUGACGGCAGCUUAGAGUACAACCAUGAUGACUGGAUUGAGGUGCGCCUCUCCUUCGAGACUUUUGCCAGUGACGCAGCUCGAGCGCUGGCACGCCUCGAAGAGCUUCAGGAAACCUUGUCCCAGCGCGAUCUCCCACGGGACCUGGAGGGGGCUCGGCGGCUCAUGGAGGAGCACGCUGCACUGAAGAAGAGGGCUACAAAGGCGUCGAUAGAGGAGCUUGACACGCAGGGCCGAAGACUGCUCCAGAGGCUACAGCUACAGACUGCAGGGGUUGGGGGUGGCAGUGAAGGGGGCUACAGUAACCGCGGCGUUGCAGCCAGCGGAGACUCCAACGACCACCAUCAUGGUCUUCACGCAGACGCACACAAUCUGGUUGCUAAAGUGACGGCGUUAUUGGAUAAGCUCCACGGAACGCGGCAGAAUCUGCAGCAGCUGUGGCACAUGAGGAAGCUGAAACUGGACCAGUGUUUCCAGCUGCGGCUCUUUGAGCAGGACGCUGAGAAGAUGUUUGAUUGGAUCAUGCACAACAAGGGGCUUUUUCUGACCAGCUACACCGAGAUUGGAGGGAACCACCAGCAUGCUGUGGAGCUGCAGACACAGCACAACCACUUUGCUAUGAACUGCAUGAAUGUGUACGUGAACAUCAACCGGAUCAUGUCAGUUGGAAAUCGGCUCCUGGAGUCGGGCCACUACGCCUCCCAGCAGAUCCAGCAGAUCUCAGGCCAGUUGGAGCAGGAGUGGAAAGCUUUUGCAGCAGCGCUGGAUGAACGCAGCACUCUGCUGGAGAUGUCUGCCAGCUUCCACCAGAAAGCCGAUCAGUACAUGAGCAAGGUGGAGCCAUGGUGUAAAGCGUGCGGAGAAGGAGAACUGCCUUCUGAGCUGCAGGAUCUAGAAGAUACGAUCCACCAUCACCAGGGGCUGUAUGAACACAUCACCACUGCAUACUCAGAGGUGAGCCAGGAUGGCAAGGCCUUACUGGACAAGCUGCAGCGACCUUUGACUCCAGGAAGUGCCGAUUCGCUGAUGGCGUCGGCGAACUACUCGAAGGCGGUGCACCACGUCCUGGACAUCAUCCACGAGGUGCUGCAUCACCAGAGGCAGCUCGAAAACAUCUGGCAGCAUCGCAAAGUUCGCCUGCACCAGCGCCUGCAGCUGUGUGUCUUUCAGCAGGACGUGCAGCAAGUGCUGGACUGGAUAGAAAACCAUGGCGAGGCCUUCCUCAGCAAACAUACCGGUGUUGGAAAGUCUUUGCACAGAGCCAGGGCACUGCAAAAGAGACAUGAAGACUUUGAAGAGGUUGCACAGAACACCUACACCAAUGCUGACAAACUGCUGGAGGCAGCAGAGCAGCUGGCCCAGACUGGAGAGUGUGACCCAGAGGAAAUCUACCAGGCUGCCCACCAGCUAGAGGAUCGCAUCCAGGACUUUGUGCGGCGUGUCGAACAGCGUAAAGUCCUGCUGGACAUGUCUGUUGCAUUUCACACUCAUGUCAAAGAGCUGUGGACAUGGUUGGAGGAGCUUCAGAAAGAACUGCUGGAUGAUGUGUAUGCUGAGUCAGUGGAAGCAGUGCAGGACUUGAUCAAGCGAUUCGGCCAGCAGCAGCAGACCACCCUGCAGGCGACAGUCAAUGUUAUCAAGGAGGGUGAGGACCUCAUACAGCAGCUCAGAGACUCCGCUAUCUCAAGCAACAAGACCCCUCACAACAGCUCCAUGGCCCACAUUGAGAGUGUCCUGCAGCAGCUGGAUGAGGCCCAGGGUCAGAUGGAGGAGCUGUUCCAGGAAAGGAAGAUCAAACUGGAACUCUUCCUGCAGCUCCGUAUUUUUGAGAGGGACGCAAUAGACAUCAUCUCAGACCUGGAGUCAUGGAACGAGGAACUGUCCAAGCAGAUGAAUGACUUUGACACAGAGGACCUGACCCUGGCUGAGCAGAGGCUUCAGCACCAUGCAGAUAAAGCACUUACCAUGAACAACCUCACCUUUGACGUCAUCCACCAGGGGCAGGAGCUGCUGCAGUAUGUCACAGAGGUCCAGACAUCUGGUGUGGAGCUGCUAUGUGAUAGAGAUGUGGACAUGGCAACGCGGGUACAGGACCUGUUAGAGUUCCUUCAUGAGAAGCAGCAGGAGCUGGACCUGGCUGCAGAGCAGCACAGGAGACACUUGGAGCAGUGUGUCCAGUUAAGACAUCUUCAAGCUGAAGUCAAACAGGUUUUAGGUUGGAUCCGUAAUGGGGAAUCAAUGCUCAAUGCCGGUCUCAUCACAGCCAGUUCAUUACAAGAAGCUGAGCAGCUGCAGAAAGAACAUGAACAAUUUCAACAUGCAAUUGAGAAAACCCACCAGAGUGCACUGCAGGUGCAGCAGAAGGCAGAGGCACUUCUUCAGGCAAACCACUACGACAUGGACAUGAUCAGAGACUGUGCAGAAAAGGUGGCGGAUCACUGGCAGCAGCUGAUGCUUAAGAUGGAGGACAGGCUGAAACUGGUUAAUGCCUCUGUGGCUUUCUACAAAACAUCUGAACAGGUGUGCAGUGUUUUGGAAAGCCUCGAGCAGGAGUACAAGCGAGAGGAGGACUGGUGUGGUGGUGCUGACAAACUGGGCCCAAACAGUGAGACGGAUCAUGUCACCCCUAUGGUCAGCAAACAUCUGGAGCAGAAAGAGGCAUUUCUCAAAGCCUGUACGUUAGCCAGACGUAAUGCCGAUGUGUUCUUGAAGUACCUGCACAGAAAUAGUGUCAACAUGCCUGGCAUGCUGUCCCACGUAAAAGCUCCAGAGACUCAAGUCAAAAAUAUCUUGAAUGAGUUGCUGCAGAGAGAGAACAGAGUCCUCCACUUCUGGACCAUGAGGAAGAGGAGGCUGGACCAGUGCCAGCAAUAUGUGGUGUUUGAAAGAAGCGCCAAGCAGGCCCUGGAGUGGAUCCAUGACACCGGGGAGUUCUACCUGUCCACGCACACGUCCACUGGGUCGAGCAUUCACCACACGCAGGAGCUGCUGAAAGAGCACGAAGACUUCCAGAUCACAGCAAAGCAAACCAAAGAGCGGGUGAAGCUGUUGAUCCAGCUGGCGGAUGGGUUUUGUGACAAGGGCCACGCCCAUGCCCUGGAGAUAAAGAAAUGGGUGUCCUCCGUGGACAAGCGCUACAGGGACUUCUCUCUCCGCAUGGACAAAUAUCGAACCAGCCUGGAAACGGCACUUGGCAUCUCUUCCGAUUCAAACAAGGCUAGCAAAGAGCUGCAACUGGACAUCAUCCCAGCUACCGCUCCGGGGUCAGAGGUCAAGCUAAGAGACGCUGCCCAUGAACUCAAUGAGGAAAAGAGAAAAUCAGCACGAAGGAAAGAAUUUAUAAUGGCAGAGCUGAUCCAAACAGAGAAAGCAUAUGUCAGAGACCUACGUGAAUGUAUGGAUACGUACCUGUGGGAAAUGACCAGUGGUGUUGAGGAGAUUCCUCCUGGCAUUGUCAACAAGGAACACAUCAUCUUUGGGAACAUGCAGGACCUCUACGAGUUUCAUCACAAUAUCUUCUUGAAGGAGCUGGAGAAGUAUGAGCAGCUUCCAGAGGAUGUGGGUCAUUGUUUUGUGACCUGGGCUGACAAAUUCCAGAUGUAUGUGAACUACUGCAAGAACAAACCUGACUCCACUCAGCUCAUCCUGGAACAUGCUGGACCCUACUUUGACGAAAUUCAACAAAGACAUCGCCUUGCCAACUCCAUCUCUUCUUACCUCAUCAAGCCCGUUCAACGAAUCACAAAAUAUCAAUUACUUCUGAAGGAGUUGUUGACAUGCUGCGAAGAGGGGAAAGGUGAAAUCAAGGAUGGCCUUGAAGUGAUGCUCAGCGUUCCAAAGAAAGCCAAUGAUGCCAUGCACCUCUCUAUGCUGGAAGGGUUUGACGGGAACAUAGACUCCCAGGGGGAGCUGAUACUCCAGGAGUCCUUCCAGGUGUGGGAUCCCAAGACUCUCAUUCGGAAAGGCCGUGAUAGACAUCUGUUUCUCUUUGAGAUGUCCCUGGUCUUCAGCAAGGAAGUGAAAGACUCGAACGGCCGCAGUAAAUACCUCUACAAGAGCAAGCUCUUUACAUCAGAGCUUGGAGUGACAGAACAUGUGGAGGGGGAUCCUUGUAAGUUUGCCUUGUGGCUGGGCAGGACGCCAACCUCAGACAACAAGAUUGUCCUCAAGGCAUCAAGUAUAGAGAACAAGCAGGACUGGAUUAAGCACAUCAGAGAAGUAAUCCAGGAGAGAACUGUCCUCCUACGUGGAGCUCUGAAGGAGCCCAUUCACAUCCCUAAAGCCACUACUGCUAAACACAAAGGCAGGCGGGAUGGAGAGGAUCUAGACAGCCAGGGAGACGCUAGCAGCCAACCAGAUACCAUCUCUAUCGCCUCCCGGACAUCCCAGAACACACUGGACAGUGACAAGCUCUCUGGUGGCUGCGAACUGACGGUGGUGAUCCAUGACUUUGUGGCCAGUAAUGGCAGCAGCAAUGGGGAGCUUACCGUACGCCGCGGCCAGACUGUGGAGGUUUUGGAGCGACUUCAUGACAAACCAGACUGGUGCUUGGUCAGGACCACAGACCGCUCCCCUGCUCAGGAGGGAAUCGUGCCCUGCUCCAUCCUCUGCAUUGCACACUCCCGGUCCUCCAUGGAAAUGGAGGGGCUAUUCAACCAUAAAGACACAUUGUCUGUAUCCAGCAACGACGCCUUGCAGCCUGGGUCCAGCCACACUCUCGGACCCCAUAGCUCUCCUGGCCCCAAACGUCCGGGGAACACCUUAAGAAAGUGGCUUACCAGCCCGGUGCGAAGGCUGAGCUCCGGGAAAGCUGACGGGCACGUGAAGAAACUCGCCCACAAGCAUAAGAAAAAUCGCGAUGGCACGAGAAAGAACAUGGACGCAAUACCUGGCUCGCAGAAAGACUCUGAUGACAGUGCCGCCACGCCACAAGAUGAGACCCUGGAGGAGCGGAUGCGUAACGAAGGGCUGAGCAGUGGUACCCUUUCAAAGUCUUCCUCAUCAGGUAUGCAGAGCUGUGGGGAGGAGGAAGGAGAGGAGGGGGCCGACGCUGUCCCUCUACCGCCCCCUAUGGCAAUCCAGCAGCAUAGCUUACUGCAGUCUGACUCCCAAGAUGAUAAGUCUACGUCUCGGCUGUCUGCUCGUCCCAGCAGUUCGGAGACACCGAGUGCCGCAGAGUUGGUCAGUGCCAUCGAGGAGCUGGUGAAGAGCAAGAUGUCUCUGGAGGACCGACCCAGUUCUCUGUCAGUGGAGCAAGGCGACAGCACCUCACCCUCUCUCAACCCCUCCGAUAACUCUCUGCUCUCCUCCUCCUCGCCCAUCGACGAGAUGGACGAGCGAAAAACCAACUUCCUCAAAAGGAGACACUAUGUGCUUCUGGAGUUGGUGGAGACUGAGAGAGACUAUGUCAGAGACCUGGGCUCUGUAGUGGAGGGCUACAUGAGCAGGAUGAAAGAGGAAGGAGUUCCGGAUGACAUGAGGGGGAAAGAUAAGAUGGUCUUUGGAAACAUCCAUCAGAUCUAUGACUGGCACAAAGAUUUUUUCCUGGGAGAGCUUGAAAAGUGCUUGGAGGAUCCUGAACGGCUAGCUGCUUUAUUUGUCAAACAGGAGCGGAGGCUGCACAUGUACAUUGUGUACUGUCAGAACAAGCCUAAAUCUGAGCACAUUGUGUCAGAGUAUAUUGACACUUACUUUGAGGACCUUAAGCAGCGAUUGGGUCACAGAUUACAGAUCACAGACCUGCUAAUCAAACCAGUUCAGCGGAUUAUGAAAUACCAGCUUCUACUGAAGGAUCUUCUCAAAGUUUCCAAAAAAGCAGGAGCGGAUACGACAGAGCUGGAGAAAGCUGUAGAAGUGAUGUGUGUGGUCCCAAAACGCUGUAAUGACAUGAUGAAUGUUGGACGCCUUCAGGGUUUCGACGGUAAAAUUGUAGCUCAGGGCAGACUGCUCCUGCAGGACACCUUCAUGGUCUCAGACCAAGACGGAGGCCUCCUGUCCAGAAUGAAAGAGAGGCGAGUGUUUCUGUUUGAGCAGAUAGUUAUAUUCAGUGAGCCUCUGGACAAAAAGAAGGGCUUCUCUACUCCAGGCUACCUCUUCAAAAAUAGCAUCAAGGUGAGCUGCUUGGGUCUGGAGGAAAAUUCAGACGACCCCUGUAAGUUUACGCUGAUCUCCAGAUCAUCCAGUGGUAACCUGGAAAGGUUCACCCUCCAUUCCGCCAGCCCUGGGGUCAGUCAGGCCUGGGUCCACCAGGUCAGCCAGAUCCUGGAGAACCAGCGCAAUUUCCUCAAUGCUUUAACGUCACCCAUAGAGUACCAGAGGAACCACGUGGGAGGUGGAGGACCCCCCAGCAGUAGCAACAGCAGUACAGGAGGUAGCAGCACCAACAGUACCUCCAGCAUGGGGGGAGGUGGAGGAGGUGGAGGAGGAGGCGGUGGCUCUGGAGGAUCAGGCGGCAACUCCUCCUCCCUGUGUGGCCCUCGCUCCCGCCCGUCUCGUAUCCCACAGCCAUCCUCACGGCUCCCCCAGCCCGUUCACCACCACCACCCCCCGGGCCCCGAGGGGCCUGACAGAUCAGCAGGUAUGUGGUCCCCCAGCCACCCGUCCCUUCCCUCUUACCCGUAUUCAGACAGCCCAACUAAUGGAGAGCUGCUAACCUCUGAGGUCUUCACUCUGAAGAGGUUGGACAGUUCGCAAGGGAGUAACUAUAAUAACAGUAACAGACCGGCAGAUAACACGGACGGGGGUCUGAAACAGACUUUUGGGGUCUAUGAGGAAACCCAGAUACAUCAAAAAACUGCAGUGCCACAGAUGCCAGUGGCUCCUCUGAGUUUUUCCCUCAGAAACCCUCGAGUUGGGACAGUUUCCCCACUUAUAUCCCCUCAAACCCCUGGAGGAGGAAAGGAACCGUUCAUCCCUUCAAGCCCAGCACAUAAAGGGAAUCCUUUCUGGGCUGUCGUUCCCCCUAUGCCUCCCUCUCCAGCCGGCAGGCCCGGUUCCUUCUCCUUCCCCAGUGACAAUAGCGGCGGAGUGGACUCCCUGGGCAGAGGAAUUCCGCCUUUUCUCCGCAACUCCAGCCACAGUAAGGAAACAGACAGAAUGAGCACCUGCUCCUCCACCAGUGAGCAGUCGGUAACAUCCACCCAGAGCAAUGGGCAGAGUGAAAGCAGUAGCAGCAGCAGCAGUGUGUCCACCAUGUUGGUGACCCAGGACUACGUGGCAGUGAAGGAGGAUGAGAUCAGCGUGGUGCAGGGUGAGGUGGUCCAAAUGCUCGCCAGCAACCAGCAGAACAUGUUCUUGGUGUACCGGGCCGCCAACGAGCACUCCCCUGCGGCUGAAGGCUGGAUCCCUGGCUACGUGUUGGGACAUACCUCAUCCUCCACCACACCUGACCUCCCUGAAGGAACCAUCAAAAAAUCACUGUCAUGGCACACUGCGCUGCGUAUCCGUCGAAAGUCUGAGAAAAGAGAUAAAGAUGGCAGAAAAUUGGAAAACGGCUACCGCAAGUCCCAGGACGGCCUGGCUAACAAGGUCUCUGUCAAGGUAGGAAGCAAAAGGAGUUCCACGGUGCACAAAUCAAUUCACUCUCUGCCACAGUUUUUUUUAUAUUUGAACUCGAUCUAUCUCCUUUCCCUUCAGCUUCUGAAUCCCAACUUCAUCUAUGAUGCCCCCCCGGAGUUCCUCAUCCCUCUCAGCGACGCGUCAUGUGAGAGUGGCGACAGCGUCACCCUGAGGUGUAAGGUGUGUGGCCGACCUCGCGCCACUGUCUCAUGGCGUGGACCCGACAAUAGCAUUCUAAGCAACAACGGACACUACAGCGUCACAUACAGUGAAACAGGAGAGGCGUCCCUGCACGUCCUGCGAGUGUCUCUCGAGGACAACGGCGUCUACACGUGUGUGGCCACGAACGUAGCAGGCACCGUUACCUCCUCCGCCGGCCUCACAGUGUCAGCUCCUAAUAACGGUAGUGAAGACAUCUGGAAAAGUAGUUUUGAGUCUUACUUCACAGAGAUCACUGAGCUUGGAAGGGGACGAUUCUCAGUGACCAAGCGGUGUGACCAGAGAGGCAGUAAGCGCACCAUCGCAGCAAAACAUGUCAACAAGAAGCUGCUGUGUCGAGACCAGGUGCUGCAGGAGAUUCGACUCCUCCAGACUCUGGACCAUCCAAAUCUGGUCAGACUGCUGGACACCUACGAGACAGCCCACAGCUACGUCCUGGUACUGGAGAUGGCUGACCAGGGUCGCUUCCUGGAUUACAUCGUGAGCUGGGGAAACCUGACUGAGGAGAAGGUAGCUUUAUACCUCCGAGAUAUCCUGGAAGCUCUCCAGUACUUGCACGGCUGGAAGGUAGCACACCUUGAUCUCAAACCUGAAAACAUCGUGGUGGAGCAGGUGUGCUCCCAGCCUGUGAUCAAGCUGACUGAUUUUGGCGACGCUGUUCAACUGGACACUCAUUCCUCUCACAUCCAUCCUCUGCUGGGGAGCCCAGAGUUCUCUGCACCUGAGCUGGUCCUGGGUCAGCCUGUCUCUCUGACAUCUGACCUCUGGAGCUUAGGCGUGGUGACCUACGUUCUCCUCAGCGGCGCUUCUCCCUUCCUGGACGAAAGCCUCGAGGAGACAUGUUUGAACAUCUGUCGGCUGGACUUCAGUUUCCCCGAGGACUACUUCCAGGGUGUGAGCACAGAAGCCAAGGACUUUGUCUGCCUGCUGCUCCAGGGCGAGCUGGAGCGACGGCCCUCUGCUGGGUUCUGCCUGCAGUACCCGUGGCUCCAGCCCCGAGGCGUAGCCAGCGGCGGGUACGGUCACGUGAAUCACACGCAGCCUCCGUCGCCGAGUCACUACGGCACACAUCUGGACACCUCCAGGCUCAUCUCCUUCAUCGAGCGGCGGAAACACCAGAACGACGUCCGGCCCGUUGGGGCCAUUCAGGCCUUCCUCCACAGCCGACUUUACAACCACACCUGACAGAACGGUCAAAUUUGACCACCAGGGGGGCCAGUCCACUAUGAACUCUUUCUCAUUCACUAAGCCACAGAAGUGCUGCUGCUGCUGCUGCUGCUGCUGACUGACUGAUAAACUCCCACAGCCUAUUCUUACCUUGGCAUAUUUUCACUAUGCCGGCACAACAAAUGACCUGACGGAAUCGAUUUGAGAUUUCAAACUUUGACUCAGCAGGGAGAAGAAAAAAAAACAGAAAGGAACAAGCUUUCUGAACAAGCUGACGUGAGACGAGUGAAUCUCACAUUUGGACAGUGUUAAAGAAAAUAGAGUACUGUAUAUUAAGAACAAUUCAGGCUGCUUUCGGUUAAACUAAAGAGGACUUCUUUUUGUAACGAGAGAUUACCUUUUGUAAAUGAAAUCGUGUACAGUCGGGGAAAAUGGAGAACUGUCUUAAUUCGGUGGUUUUUGGAAAACAAAAGCAAGAAGAGGAAUGCGACGUGAAGGUCUCGUCGGUUCUGACGCCAGAUAGAAAGUACCAAAAUCCUGUUUUCCAGAGACGCGUUAAAGUUACCGUUUGUGCAAUAGUUUUUGCUUAUCUUUAUGACCCCGCUUCAUUUCAGCCAAUCUUUUCAGAUUGUAACUUAGACCAGAACACGACUUGAACAAGCGUUAAAUAAAAAGCAUAGUUAGCUAACCUUUCCUGGAUCUCCAGCUGCAUCCGCCUUAGUUGUAAAUAACCUUUUUCCUGCUUUACAAAGUUGUCCCUUUUUGUCCCCCUGCAGUCCCUCAAGAGUUUAUCUCAAAUGAAUUUACAAAAAAAAAAAAAAAACAAACAAAAAACAAUGCUAUUUUGUGUGCAGAGCUGUAGUGAGUCCUGGCAGGACUCUAAAUGGUGGCUUGAUCCUCACGUUGAACAGAGACAGCUGCUAGAAAAUGCACUUGUUGUUCUGCAUCAGUUCUCAUGUGCAAUGUUGCAGCUUUACCAUGUAUGCAACUAUUUAUGAAGACUUGUGUUGUAGCCGUAUUCUUAAAAAAAGGCAUGUGUGUACCUGGUACUGCAAUAGAUGUCUGUAUUGUGUUAACUCUUAUGUAUUAAGUUCAGUAUUAAUAUCUGCAAGACUUCCUAGACAAAAAGAGGGAUUUCAGAAGUAAUGUAUAGAGACAUGUAUCUAUGAAAUACGGACACUUAUGCUUUCAUUUUGUCCUUGUAAUGUUUUCUUUUUUUAUUAUUGUUAUUUUCUGUAACUAUACCAAAGUUAGCUAAGCUUUCUUUCCCUGCAGUUUUAUGUCUGUUUUUUAAUUUCAAAUUAUUCAUGUUAAGUUAUAUCGGUUCACACUGAAAUGUGAGUGUUUACAAAAGUUCGGUGUGGAUUUAUUUAUUCUUAAUGUAAAGAGGUAUUGUUUGGUGAUUUUUUUUUUUUUUUUUUGUUUGGUUUUUGUUUUUCUUUGUUUUUUUUUUUUGUUGCUGAAAACAGAAUCCACCUGUCUGAUUUCAAGCUGUGCACAAAGUAGUUUGCUGUGAGUUUGUUCUCUCCGGAGCAGCUAGAAGUAUUUCUUUCCCCCUUCUCAAUAUUUUUAUUUUUUAUUUUUUUUUGCAUUCCCAUUCAAACUUACAGAAACGCUUUUUUUUUUUACAUCAUCAGCAAGCAAUAGGUCAUGCAAAAAAAAUGCUCUGCAUUACAGAUUUUAGAAAAAAAAAAGUUUUUUCUUUUGAAUCUACCCCUAAUGCCAGUUUUUAUUAUUAUUAUUAUUAUUAUUUAACAUCUUUGGGUGUGGAUGUUAUGGAGAUCUUUAUUUUUCAAAAGUGCCAGGUGAGUGAGAGAACCUUAGAAUGAUGGAGAGACUAAAAAAAGUGCAUCGUUUAUCGUCAUAUUUGAAGGUCGUGAGCGUUACUGUCAGAUCAUUUGCUUUACUGUAAAAUAAGUUGACACUUGUUGGUCUGUGGAGUCUCUCAUUUUUUGUGUGACUGUUUUUUUUGUGUUUUUUUUUUAUUUAUUUAUACGCAUCGGUCGCGGUUUCUUGUCGUUCACUUCAAUCAGAUUCUCUCAAAGCCACCUCACCGGAGGACCUGACUGAAGUAGUGAAGAGCCUUUGAGAAACAAAGUCAACUUUUAAUGUAAAGUUGUACAGAGAGGGUCGGGCGGUUUGCCCGGCGCCCGGGAUGUAAACCUGUCAUAUUUUGAAUACACCUACAAACAAAGACUGCAGCAAUGUCAUCUUGAAUGUCUCACUAUGACUCAUUUUUACUUUUGCAUGUAUAUUUCUUUGUACAGAAGAUUGUGUUUACAUGUAACAAAACGUACGUGUUGUAAAUAAUUUUAUUUUGUCCUCUUGUUAUUUUGCCAUUAAAUGUACAAGGAAACCGA